GAAUGCUACCCCACAAGGAUACAGUGUUUUGCCUUAAGAGGAUAAUCGACCAACGUCUAGUGUCUCUCGCACUAAUACUCACAACCCUGCAGACUCAUAACCAUCAUCAUCAUCUGCUUCACAACUUAUGAUGUCGAGUCUUCGCAUUCAAGUUUCAAUCCAGAUGAUGCUGUGGGGAUCAUUUCUCAGACAAUCAAAGAACUCUAUAGAGAUGCUUAUCCUACAUGGGGCAAGUUCCCUAGCAAUCUCAAGAGACAAAUAUUUUUGGAGUUCAGGAAAAAAUGUGCUUGGCGUUCGGAACAUGAGGCCAAAAUUUGUGCAAACUUUCACAAGAAAGCUACGCAUACUCUUGCUAGUUUGUUUAAUAAAGCUCGUAGAGAUAAUAGCAAACCUAGCUGGGUUCUACCGGAGGAUUGGGAAAAAUUACUCGUGCAUUGGAAAUAUGAUCCAAGAUUUAAGCAGAUGAGUGAGAUCGGUAAAAAGGCAAGAUCAUCUACUAAGGGUGGUUCUCUACACACAAGUGGGGCUCAAAGUCAAGGAAGUGUGAGGAGGAAAUUGG